AUGCGCCCCUUCGAGGUCAACAACGAUCGACUAGGAGUCCUCUAUGGCCUUACGCAAGAUCCUGCUCCUCUAAGGACAAGCGCGCCCCCCACCUCUCCGCUAAAAUCAAAAUCGAGAUCAAGAGCUUCACCCCCGCCAGAGAAAGAGGGUAGAGCUCCGGAGUCAAAAGCGAACGACCUACCCCGGCCUCGAAAGUCUAAAUUCAAGUUUAAAAGGAAACACCAGAAUGAUUCGCAUCACCAUCGUAGCCCUUCAUCGCACUCGCAUUCUCAUUCCUCAAGCCGUCGCAAACGCUCUCAUCAUAAACCACCCGAUGACGAUCCAGCCGAGUAUGACGACACUUACAUACCCAAUUUAGCUUCGGCAAACUUCGCUACUGCAGAAGAUGCGUUCCGAGAAUCACUAUUCGAUGCUAUGGCGGACGACGAAGGCGCUGCAUUCUGGGAGGGGGUCUACGGUCAGCCUAUCAAUGUCUAUCCCCGCCCUGACGGCCGCGGGGAGCUGGAGAAGAUGACAGAUGAGGAGUACGCAGAAUACGUACGAUCCAAGAUGUGGGAGAAGACGCACGAGCACAUUAUCGAGGAGAGAAACAGACGGGAAGAAGCGAGGAGGGCUAAAAAACAGCGGGAUGAGGAGGAGCAGAAGAUGUGGGAGGAGGGAGAGCGCUCCAGACGCCGAGAAGAGAAAACGCGAAGAAGGCUCAAGGAAAAAACACGGGUUGAGAAACAACAGAAGGGAUACCUCGAGAAAUGGAGAGAGAUCUUGGCUGGUAAGAUGGAUGGAGAUAUUCCGUGGCCGGUUGAAUCUGGAAAGUUGAAGGAUAUCGAGAAGGUGUCUCUGGAGCGGUUCUAUAUGGAUAUCAGGGGCUGCCUAGGCGAAGAUGGCCUCCUAGACAUUUUGAAGGUUGACAGAAUUCGAUGGCAUCCAGAUAAGGCCCAGCAGAGAUGGGGUAAGAGGGGCCUCAGUGAGGAGGAACAGAGGGGCAUUACAGCUGUAUUUCAGACUGUGGAUUCACUCUGGGUUAAAUACAAAGGGCGGAAGUAACAAAAUAUAUAUAUAUUCAUGGUCGGAAUCUUGGGUUUUGUUUUCAUUUCUUCACUGCGGGUUUCUUU